ACGCUUUGUCAGCUCACGCGAUGAAUUUAAAACCUCAUGGAAACGAAAAAUAUUACGAUAAAAAGUUUCCAGAUAGCACUCCCCAAAAAAUGCAUUUUCCAAAUGGUCCAAUUCAAGGGAAUUGA